AUGGCGUCGCUGGCCCACCGGUUGGCUCGAUCGUUGAAGCGCUGCCGGUGGGUCAAGGGCCGUGGGCUACGCCCAGCCCAGGAGAAGCCAACCGACGGAUACCAGGGCCCUACGGUAUCGACGGAGCAUUCCCGCCCAGGUGGAAAGCUUUCCUCCCCUGUCAACUCCAUAAAUACACCCACCCGCCAGAAUGGCGUCUCCAUGCCAUGA